ACCUACUACGCAGAUAUUUAUAUAGUUCAAUUAAUCUCUUCGUUAACUACGGUUCGAACCAACUACCCUAUAAUAGGGAUACUAACACAUUUAUUGAGCGGCGUCUUUGCCGACCCGACGCUGACCUUCGACGCCGGGACGACCACGUCUAUUGCGUCGGAGAUUAACCCCACGUUUGAGUUGAGGGCGGAUUUGUUCAUGUCUGCGAUGGAGCCUUCGGAGACUGUGAUCGCGUGUUGUCCGAGUGGGUAUACCGCGGGACUAUAUGGGAACUGCUACUCUUCGACCGCCAGAGAGGUUUACACUGCGUCUACAGGUUGCAAGUUGUACAAUGUAAACGAUGUGGAAGUGGUAGACCGCACGUUCACUUUCCACGGGAGAGUCGUUACAGGCAGCUCCAUAUCGAUCAAGGGCUCGGUCGUUUCGUUGCAACCGAACACAGUGACUAUUGAGGCAAAGGACAGCACGAGUUACGUUGGCGCGUUGGUCACGCCUGGGAUCACGCUUGUGAAUAAGGGUCUUUCUGAGGCUGCAGUUCAGACCUCGGCUGCUGGUUCUGGAGAGAGUUCGUCCACGGGCCUGACUGAGACGCCCAGUUCUGGAGUUUCUUCUAAGGCCGCUGGUUCGUCUAUGGUUAAUGGCGUUAUGAUGGCUGUUUGGGGAGUUGCGGUAAUGGCGGGUGCCGCUCUCAUGGUGCCUCUUUGA